UUCAACUCUCCAUUGUUGAAGGUGAGAGUAACAUGGAAGCAACCUUCUGUUCAACAUUUCAGAGAUCUUCUCGUGCUGAACCAUUGUUGCUAAGAACAGUCGGAGCUCGCCAUCGGAACCGGUUUUUGCUACCCGUCGCGCGGGAUAACAAGGUUUCGCCGCUGUCUUUUGCUCCAACUGGCUAUGGCAGUAGCAAGAUUGCUCUCUUCAAGGUUUUAUCUGCUGAGAAGGGGCAGGUUCAUGUAGUAGAGAAAAGUGGAGUUGAAGAGUUAUAUGAUGAAUUGGCUGCACGCCUUCUGCCUUCAGCAUCGGUGUCAUCAAGCCCUAAUUUUAAGCACAUUGUUGGCCUGGCUGGUCCGCCAGGUGCUGGAAAAAGCACUCUUGCACAUGAAGUAGUCAGCCGGGUAAACAAGCUUUGGCCAGAAAGAGCUUCUUCCAUGGACUCCCAGGUUCAACCUCCUGAUGUUGCUAUUGUAGUUCCCAUGGAUGGUUUCCAUCUUUAUCGUUCUGAACUAGAUGUAAUGGAGAAUCCAGAGGAAGCUCAUGCCAGAAGGGGAGCUCCAUGGACAUUCAAUCCAUCACAACUACUUACGUGUCUCAAGAAUCUUAAAAUUCAUGGAUCCGUCUAUGUUCCAUCAUUCGACCAUGGGGUUGGGGACCCAUUGGAAGAUGAUAUCUUUGUGAAUGUUCAGCACAAAGUUGUUAUUGUAGAAGGUAACUAUUUGCUCUUGGAAGAUGGGAUUUGGAAGGAGAUAUCAUGUUUGUUUGACGAGAAAUGGUUUAUUGAUAUUGACAUUGACAAAGCAAUGCAGAGAGUUUUAAAGAGGCAUAUUUCAACUGGUAAGCCUCCAGACAUUGCUAAACAGCGGAUAGAGAACAACGACAGGCUCAAUGCAGAACUCAUAAUGAAGUCCAAGAAAAAUGCUGAUAUAAUAAUCAAGUCGGUUGAUUUUUGAAGAAGCCAUGAGUGUGCUUGAAGGAACAAAAGUGUAUUGUAAUUUCCCAUAUCUGAUCAUAAACGGGUUCUUAAGCCGCAUGAGACAUGAGUAAUUGAGUAGUAUUAUAUCCCUUUGAUUUUUCAUAGAAUCCAACAAAAAUUAUCUGUUACUCAAUUUUGUUUAUAA